AAUGUAGCUCUGUUUGCGGUUUUGCAUUCGCUUGCACUCGUUGGAUUUUAUCAACUGAUCUUUAACGCGAAAUGGUUAACAGUAAGUUGGACCGUGCUUUAUUCGAUGAUUGGCGGUGUCGGUGUAACGGCUGGUGCGCAUCGCUUAUGGACUCAUAAAAGCUACAAAGCAAAUCUACCCAUGCGAAUCAUUUUAAUGCUCGGCAAUUGCGCUGCAUUCCAGAAUGACAUUAUCGAUUGGGCGAGAGACCAUCGAUGUCAUCACAAGUUUAACGAUACUAAUGCGGAUCCAUAUAGUUCAGAGAGAGGUUUCUUUUUCUCGCAUAUGGGCUGGCUUAUGACUAAGAAGCAUCCUGAAGUGAAGAGAAAAGGCGCUAUGAUCGACAUGAGUGACUUGCUCAGUGAUGAAGUGUUGCUAUUUCAACGAAAGUAUGCUCUCAAAAGAAUAUUUCUGAUA